AAGCCUGUCUCAACAAAACAAAACAAACUCCCAGCAUAGUUGGCCAGUCUGAUAGUACAUACCUUUAAUUCCCAGCAUUCAGGUAUUGGCACAGGCAUGUGGGAGCUCUAUAUGUUUGGGCUAGCUUGGUCUACAUAGCAAGUUUCAGUCAGGGUAACAUAGUGAGACCUACUCUAAAACACAGAAAAAAAAACCCUAAAAACAACAAGAAACCCCCAGCCUGAUGAUACACACCUGUGAUUCCAGCACUUCGAAGAGUAAAGCAAGAGGACCAUGAGUUCCAGGACAGCCUGGGAAUACAUAUAUUCCAAUUGGAUUCACACACACAGAGCUGGUAUGGUGUCAAACCCUGUAAUCUCAGCAUUUAAGGAGUUUAAGGACAGCCUCUUCAGGAAUUUGAGGCCUUAAUGAGUCCUAUGUGAGAGUUUCUCAGAAAACAAACAACACACCCAGGUGUAUGAGCUGAGUUCAGUCCUCUUGAAAUCCACAUGGUAAAAGGAAAGAGCUGAAGUCUCUAACCUCCAUUCCUGCACCGUGGCAUGCCUGCGCCUACCAUGCAGGCACUCAUAAAUAAAAGUUGGAAACAACAAGCAACAAAAGUGAAACAAGCAGCCCCGCCCCCUCACUGCUGGCUCCCUCAGCUGCUAAAGCUCUUCCUCAUCUGCAUAACUGCCUAACCUGAAGCUCUUAGUUUAAGUUUCUGCCACCACCUUCAUCAAGAGUCCUGCCCUGACUAUCCGGCUCAAACUCCCAAGCUGUUCCAGCUGAGUCUGACCACGCUCGAUUUCCUACAGUGUUGUAGUGAUGUUAUUGCUCUCAUAGCGUAUUAAGCCGCUUUCUCGCUUCUGUUUCCUCCUGAUAAAUGAACUCUGCUAGGUCAAAGCUUUUAUCUCUGCUAACAGCACAAGCUAUGUUCUCAAUAAAUAUUUGUGAAUUAACCGAAAAUUUUAAAACAUCUUGGCCUGGAGGUGUGGUGGUGUAGUUGGACAUUUAGGAGACCUUGUUUAAUGCCUCAAUAUAUUUUCUACUUUGCCCUUUUAUUUUGAAGUAUAGCAAACAUGUAUACAUAGUAGAAGAAAAUAUUUCAGAAUGUUAAUGGUCAUUUCCAGUGGUAUUUUUUCCUUCUUUGUGUUUUCCUGUGGGUUUAUUUCCUGAAAUCCUAUGUUAAAACGGGCUGUUUUUUGGAAAGCAUGCUGGUGCACACCUAUGGUCUAGCACUCAGAACACUGAGGCAGUGGCAUCGCAAGUUCCAUACCAACGUAAGGUACAUACAGAGACAAACUAAAGGGAGAGUGUUUGAAAUAGCUCAGUGAGUAACUAAGUGCCUGCUGCCACGCCACGCCAGAUGACCUGAAUUCGAGCUCCGGAGCCCAUAUGAUAGAAAGCCAGAACCGACUGUCUCAGAUUAUCUUCUCAGCUACAACACACACGCACACACACACUCACACACACACACCACACACACACUCACAGACACUCACAGACACACUCACACACACACACACCACUCAACGAAUAACAAAGAAAAUUGCAAACCUCCACAUUUAAACCAGUAUUAUUUUACCAUGAGAAAACUGCUUUCUAAACCUUUUGUGAGCCUCUAGUACCACGCAGUCAAUGUCACACACUGCGAAUCAUUCUUGCUGUGAAUUUCAUGAAUCCGUUUUCCUGUAUGAGAUUCAUCAGAAACUGGAGUAGUAUAGAUGCAAUAUAUAUUGCAAGGACAAACAUAUAUAAAUAUUGCUUUUAUUUUGUGGUAAAUAACUGCUGAAAGGAAUAAAUAUCCACGCCUCGCCCAUCCACCGCCAACAUCCCCAGGGAACACACCCACCUAGCAACCAGGAGCAGAAGAGCAGCGCUGCGCCUUUAAUUCCACGGCUGGGGUGGGGGCAGCCCGGAGAGGUUCCGCUCCCCCAUUCCUUCCGCACCUCCAGUGGCAGCUGUCACCUGUAAACCGAGCGCCGCUCAGGGGCAUGGAGCCCAGCACCCAUUGGACAGGACCUCUCGGCAGCAACCUACCCCCCAGGUUGGGGGCCCGGCCAGGCGCAGGCGGAGGGCAGGAGCCCCAAGCGCCCUUCGCCCGGAGACGUCCCGGUGCGGCGGGGAGGGCGUGACUGCAGUCCAGCUUCGGGGAUCAGAGCCUCAGGUGAGCCUGGCGAGGCGGCUGCGGGGGACCCCGGAGCCGCAGGAACCGAGCAUGGCGCUGGCAGCGGCAGCCGCGGCCGCCGCAGCAGCCGCAGGGGUGAGCCAGGCGGCGGUGCUGGGCUUCCUUUUGGAGCGCGGCGGGCAGGUGCGCAACUCCGAGCUGCUGAGCCGCUUCAAGCCGCUGCUGGACGCUGGGGACCCGCGCGGCCGCGCAGCCCGCAGGGACCGCUUCAAGAAGUUUGUCAACAACGUGGCGGUGGUGAAGGAGCUGGACGGGGUCAAAUUCGUGGUGCUGAGAAAGAAGCCGCGGCCGCCGGAGGGACCAGAACCCCCGCACCCCUCCAACCCUGGGGCACCAGCUAAGCAGGCCGAGUGCACUGCCGUCCCAGCCGAGGACAACUGCGUCCCCGAAGCUCCCCUCUCCCCACAGCCGUGCGAGGAACCGCAGGAGGACUUGUCCGCACCAUCGGAGCUACAGCAUGCCUCAGAGACCCCACCCUCAGGGGUCACCCAGGUUGGGGCUCCAUCAGGCUCAGCUCCACAGCCCAGGGAACCCGAGGAUCAGGAGCUACCCUGGCCCUCGGAGGGAGCUUCCGAGGUAGCCGCACCAACCAGUGUGCCAUCGGGGACAGCCUCACCGAGCACAGAGUCGCCAGCCCCAGCGCCUGCACCUCCCUCGGCGCAAGUGCCACCGCAGAAGCCCUGCAUGCUACCGGUGCGCUGCGUGGUCCCCGGCCCCGCGGCGCUGCGGAUCCGCGCGGAGGAGCAAGGCCUGCGCCGGCAGCGGUCGGAGGAGCCGAGCCCGCGGGCCUCCCCGAUGCUACUGCGGCGGCUCUCGGUAGAGGAGUCGGGGCUGGGCCUCCACCUGGGACCCGGCCGCUCCCCUCAUCUCAGGCGCCUGUCGCGCGCGGGCCCGCGCCUGCUGAGCCCGGACACGGAGGAGGUGCCUGCAGCGCCGCCGCCGCCUCCCGCGGUGCCCCUGGAGCCCACGGAGCACGAGUGGCUGGUGCGCACGGCCAGCGGCCACUGGAGCCACCAUCUGCACGGGCUGCUCUUGCGGGACCGCGGCCUGGCUGCCAAGCGUGACUUCAUGUCGGGUUUCACCGCACUACACUGGGCAGCGAAGAGCGGCGACCGGGAGAUGGCUCUACAGCUAGUGGAGGUCGCCCGGCGUGGGGGCGCGCCCGUGGACGUGAACGCGCGCUCGCACGGAGGCUACACGCCGCUGCACCUGGCGGCCCUGCACGGCCACGAGGACGCAGCCGUGCUGUUAGUGGUGCGUCUGGGCGCCCAAGUGAACGUCCGCGACCACAGUGGCCGUCGUGCCUACCAGUACCUGAGGCCUGGCUCCUCCUACGCGCUGAGGCGUUUACUUGGUGAUCCCGGCCUGCGAGCUACCACGGAGCUUGAUGCAACCAGUGGUGGCAGUGGGAGUCUUGUGUCGCAGCACCCCGUGCAGGUGGCUGCCACCAUCCUCGGUUCCACCACUAGCGCGUUUCUGGGCGUCCUGGCUGACGACUUGAUGCUCCAGGACCUGGCCCGUGGCUUGAAGAAGUCAAGCUCCUUCAGCAAGUUCUUGGGUGCCUCGCCCAUGGCUCCCCGCAAAAAGACCAAGAUCCGUGGUGGUCUGCCGUCCUUCACUGAAAUCUCUCGUCGACACACCCCGGGGCCUUUAGCUGGUUUAGUGCCCAGUCUGCCCCCUCCAACCUGAAUGGCCUUGAAUCUACCAAUACCUUGGUUGACCUACCAGGGCCUGUGCCGUACCAUCUAAGCCUGCCCAAGACAGGCCCAACACCGGCUGCCUGUCUAGCUUGCAACUUCACUCAUUGCAGCCUGUUGUACCCAGACGGGCCUCUACUGUCUGUCUGAACUUUGAUGUGCCUAGAGAUUGGGUUCUUGUUCCCUGGGAGAGGUCCCUUUGAAGAAACCAAGCAGUCAGGCCUGAACUUGGUGGGAGACUUGAAGUUUAGGGUCAAAGGUUAAGGGGCAGCAGCUGGUCUGGUCCCCUGGAGGUGUACAGAGGCCUCUGCAUGCACAGAUUCCCAAAUUAGAAUCAGAGCCAGGCUCCCUAGAAGCCUAGAAGUUCAAAGAUGGAGAGUUUAAGAUGUGUAGUGGCUUUGUAUUUUGCUGCUUUUAUUCUGUUUUUAAAUUAAAAUAAGGUAUGGAAACUUUGAUAAUACCUUCUUGAAAAUCCAUUUUUCCCACUUUUAGGCAAAAUAUGAAGACAUUUUCCAUCUUUUGCUGACUAUUUUGGAAAUCUAUCUUUAGGAAAUUAAUCCUAGCGAACAGCACGCAGUAAGUUUAUCUACCUCAUCGUAGGCAGCACAGAUUCUGGGGUCUUGAACAUAAAAUGACUAUCAUGACCCUAAUGAAUGUACUGUGAAUGUCAAAUACUGAAAACCAAGUGUAUGAUUGGGCGUGGUAGCUCUCACCUUCAUCCUACCACUCGGGAGGCAGAGGCAGCCAGAUCUCUGUGAGUUCUAGACCAGCCUGGUCUACAGACUGAGUUCCAGGACAACCAGGGCUACACAGAGAAACCCUGUCUCAAAAAAACAAACACCCCCCAAAAAAAACCAAAAUAAGCAAAAAAUAAAAAAAACCUGAAAGAGUUGCAUCUUGAGGGUAAACAUGCUUUAACAAAGAGAGAAAAGAGACAUUUUGGUAAAUAAUUUUAAAUUACUCUGAGGUGAAAAUGUGUUUCCCACUAACUGGUGGCUACUUUGAUUUGGCAUGAAAUUUUAAUCUUUUUUUAAAUUGUGAUUUAAUUGUGAAUUUUGAACCUGUGGUUUUCAGUGCAGUGGAUGACUAUUCAAAAAAUUAUUACACCAGAAAAAAAUCUGGUUAAUAGUAAUUGAAAUGAUUGUUACUCUUUUAUAUGAAAGUUCUGAACAAAUAAGUGUAUGAUGUCCAUUUUUUUAAAAAACAUUUGAAAUACUAAAUGCAGAACCUUAGUCCAGUGAUCUAGAAUGAGCAGUGUAAUUUCUGGACCUUUGUCCCUUAAAUGGGGCAGGCUUGUGGGCAUGCCCAAGAUUUCCUGUUGGGCAUAGUAGAAUCCUAACAGUACCUUGUUCCCCCUUUUUUUUUUUAAAAAAAAUGUGAAAUCUAUUUGCUCAGUCGACUUUGUAUCCUAUCGUGAUAUUGCUCUGUUUUUUAAAAUUAUAUUUGCAUGUUAUCAGUCAUACUGAAUGGUUCUUGUGGCACAGGGGAGGGUGGCUUCCCCUUCACCAAUCUAUGCCAGUGAGAACUUUGAAAUCAUUAAAGACAGUCCAGCAGUCAUCACUAGAACGACUUUAAGCAAUGAAAUAAACAGUUCCUGUUUUUAUUUCUGCUUAUGUGAGGUGCACUUCUCUUAGCUACAGUUGUUUUUCCUUAUUUAAAGAAAUGUUAUUAUUGGGCCUGGAGAAAUGGCUCAGCGGUUAAAAGCUUAUAAUGCUCUAGCAAUGGACCUCAGUUUGGUUCCCAGCACUCACAGAAGGCAUCUCCAGCCUGCUGUAACUCUGGACUCCAUACUUCUACACAGACACACGCCCAUACACACAAAUAAAGAUAAACCUUUAAAAUGUUA